AACGGAAUUGUUGAGGUGUUCAGACGUAUGAUAGCGGUUAGUCUCUCACUCGGCCACUUUGCCCCUUCGAACGCGACGGUUGUGAGCUGGUUAAUAGUGUUGGUCAAAAGUGGUGCAAUAAAAUUUCAGUUGUUGUUUAUAGUGCUGGUGGUUGGUGGCGGUGAAAAACACCCUUUGCAGCAAAACAAAAGAAAAGUGAAAUAUUCGUUGUUAGUAAUACUAUGCCAUUGAUUGAGAAGAUACUGUGUUGUGCAAGAAAGUGAAUCUGAAAUCAAAAAUUGCAAAAGAGCAACAAAAACCAAACCAGUGAAAGCAGAAUAAAAAAUUAAAAAAAGUAAUUGCAAGCUUAGCAAUUGUAAAAAGACGAAGAAAAAAAGAAUAAAUAUUUAAUAUUUGUGCAAAAUAAAAAAGAAAUUAAUUUCCACAUCUGUGUAGCCAACGGCAGCAAAACGGCGUAUCUACAGCAACGACGUCUAUUUGGUGGGGGCUGUUUAACGGGGUCCAGCAGUGGCUCCAUUAACUCCUCCACCCCCAGCAGCAGUGGCCCCGGCUCAACAGCCUAUGGAGCCCAUAGCAUGGAUCAUGCGGUGACAGUGCAUCGCCACAAUAGCAACAGCCUAAAUAAAUCAUUCAGCUCAAGUUUAGGGGUGGCGGCUGCUGCAGCGAAUGGCAAUAACAAUAUUUCCGCAAAUUCCAACAGCACUUCGGUAUCGGCAUCAUCCGCCUCUAUAAAUCAACAGCAGCAGCACCAGACUUCCAAUCACAAUAACAAUGCCUCCAGUAUCGGCGGCCACAUGAACCACAGCAGCGGUGGUCUUAGCUCCAAAUACAAGCCACCUUUAUAUCCAAAACCUAAAACACCAUCUUUCGACAAGGAUCGUGAUUAUAUAGGUUUUGCAACGCUGCCCGAACAAGUUCAUAGGAAAUCGGUUAAACGUGGCUUUGAAUUCACCCUCAUGGUGGUGGGUGAAUCGGGUUUGGGCAAAUCGACCCUAAUCAAUAGCCUUUUUCUGGGUGAUAUGUACAAGAAUCGUGUUAUGCCACCCGUGGAAGAGAGAAUUGAGAAAACCACUCGUAUUGAGAAGAAGACCAUGGAUAUUGAAGAGCGUGGAGUACGACUACGAUUAACAGUGGUGGACACUCCAGGCUUUGGAGAUUCGAUCAAUUGUGAGGAUAGCUGGAGAGUGUGCACGGCGUACAUAGAUGAACAGUUUCGUCAAUAUUUCACAGAUGAAAGUGGCUUGAAUAGACGCAACAUUCAGGAUAAUCGAGUUCAUUGCUGUCUGUAUUUUGUACCACCCUGGGGUCACAGCCUACGCCAAAUGGAUUUGGACCUCUUACGCCGUUUGCAUCGUAAAGUCAAUAUUGUCUUGGUUAUCGGCAAGGCCGAUUGUCUAACCAAAACCGAGGUACGCAAUCUUAAGGAACGCAUACUACGCGAUUUGGAAGAUAAUCACAUACAACUGUAUCAAUUCCCCGAAUGUGAUUCCGAUGAGGAUGAUGACUUCAAGCAACAGGAUCGUGAGCUCAAAGCCUCCAUACCAUUUGCGGUGGUGGGCAGCAAUGUCAUUUUAGAUAUAGCCGGAAAAAAGGUGCGUGGCCGCCAAUACCCUUGGGGUGUGGUCAAUGUAGAAGAUCCCGAACACAGUGAUUUCAUUAAGUUGCGUACAUUCCUUAUCUCCACCCAUAUGCAAGACUUGAAAGACACCACCCAAGAUGUGCACUAUGAGAAUUUCCGUGCACAGUGUAUUUCACAAAUAUCCCAACAUGCUCUGCGUGAACGGGGUAAAUUGAAGCGUGAUUCCAUAAGCUCGACCAAUGGUUUUGAGGCAGCCAUCACGGAAACAGAUCGCCUGCUGCUGCAAAAGGAUGAGGAGAUACGUCGCAUGCAGGAUAUGCUAACGCAAAUGCAGGAGAAACUAAAGCAGACACAUCUCAUGGAGAUGAAAAAGAAUGACAGUGUCAUAGAUGUUUAGAAAUGGACAUCGCAGCAAACGCAACAGCUACAGCAUCACCAACAGCCACAGCAUCAGCAUCCAAAGUGCAGUUUAUUUACCAGGCAAUCUAGUGUGGGCAAUUAUCGCAUAACUUCGUUUCUUUGAGAAAAAAAUCCUACUUACCCUUGUUUAUGAUGAAACCAUAAAUCAAGGCAAGUUUUUUUUUCUACAACAUUCAAUCAUCCACAAUGGCAACAGAAGGGCGUCAAACAGUUUUUCAAAAGCUUAGAACAUUUUGAAAAUAGCACAAAAAGGUUUAACAGUGAAUUUGGAACAUCACCAGCAACAUUAAUUAAAAAAUAAAAACCAGAAGUUAUUACAACCAAACAAGCACCAAAAACAAGAACAAGAACAGCAACAAUUAGUAGUUUCACGGCAAAACAACGAUUUAUUCUUAUUUUUAUAUAUUUAAAAAACAAAUAGUGGUUUUACUUAAGACAAAGAAACAUCAGAAAAAACAAAAACAAGUAUUGCAGUGCUACCGUGGAGUGUAGAUGGAAAUCUAAGAAAUUGUUAUUGAAUUCAGUGUACAUAGGAAGAUAUGUAGCUAAGCAAGGAUAAAAUACUUGCUAAUCUAAGUUUGAACUAUUUUGUACCCUUUGAAAUACCAAACAAGAGAAGUGGUGCGAUGAAAGCUAUAUAACGUAGUUAUCGAGAGAUAGAGCAAAGUUUGCGGUAAUGACUUGCUUCCGAGAAAUUUUGUUUCAAAUAUCUAUUGAUGAGUUCCACUAUGAAACCAAUUCUCACCACUACAAGAUCUGAAAACUCUUCCCUGAAAAAUAUCAUCCGUUAAACUUAUUCUAUGAUGACAGCGCCUAGGAGGCUUAGACAAAUUCUAAAGGUGUAGGUGCUCUAAAGUCCUAUGAUCCAGCAUAUCGAGCUACAAAUGUAGGCUAUGCAAAAAAUAUAUAGAAACGAUGGUACCUCUUUUAUGCUUAUGUCCUGCCCAGGUGGAUAGAGGCAAAAUUAUAGUUAGCAAACGACGUUUGCCCUACAUAAUCAACUUUCUCAACCUUAAUCAGGGAAACCUCCUAGCAAAUCAACUCCACUGCAUUUAUUUAUAUACACUUAAGAUUCAGUCAAAUUUUAUAUGGUUUUAAACCUAUGAAACAUUUAUACAGCUCCAAGGUACAGAACUCGGGCUUGGCUAUAGGUCAGCUUAGGAUGACAGGCACUCGGCUACCAACCUCGGUUGUUAAUCAAUGAAUACAGAUAGAGAUUCACCAUAGUACGGUAUAAAACAUUAGAAGAAGGGAAAGUGAAACCAACGCAUAAGACCAAAACAAAGGAAAAUAAGCAGACUAUAAGGGAGUCCUCAUCUGUGAGAGCUUCUUCCUUUCAGUCACUUCCGGCUCGACCGUCUUCGACACCUUCUUAUGAUCACAGGCCUUGCAGAAGUCCGUCUCAGUCGGUAUUUAAAGCGACGGUGUGAACACAACAUUGCUAUGAUCACUAAAGACUUCUAUUAGUAGUUUGAGAUCAUGAUUUCUCAGCUCCAUAGUAAGUGACGAUCUUUUCGUUUUAGUCAAUACAGGUCUUGCAUUAAUCUGUGUCCCCCUGUGUCCAUUGCGAUGUCAAAACCUUCAGGUAGCGUAAUGGCAAGUUAGGACUCCUAUUAGCUGUUUGAAGUAAUACUUCCUCAGGCUCAGAAUAAGCGACGACCAGUUCAAUUUCUUGUCACCAUGCCGAAUGGGGCCUCCCUCUGUGUUCAGAGCGACGUCAAAAACCCUGUAUAGCAAUUACUAGUCAGGACUUCUAACAGCAGUUCGAGGUCAAGAUGCCGCAAACCCUUAUCUCCAAAGACAAUGCAGAAAUCCGCCGUCCUCUUUGUUCAUGAAGACGUUAGAUAGCAAUUAUCAUUCAGAAUUGGUGUCAGCAAUCCGAAGUAAUUCUUUUAUAGCCGCAGAAUAAGUGACAUUCUCUUCCGUGAAACAUUCAUACACUGAAUCCUGCCCACUCUAUUAUCAGCCUACGCCUCAGUCGCGUGGUUUUAGUGGAAAGCGUCCAGCCCACCAAGAAGCUUGCGCAGGGGAGGUUUAACAGAUUCGCAUCAGCAAUCUACUCCUGGCUAGGACGCCUUGGUGCGAAGAAACCAUGGAGUUUCCAUCUCGUAACCAUUCUCGACCUCACUUGGUCCGACGUCAGAGUCUUCAACAUCGCCUGGCUCUCCACGUAUACCGUAAAUGUCCAAUUGGACAGCCUGUGCUACAUUGACAUCAUUCCUAGUGCCUGCAGGAUCGCGAAUAUCUCCGCUUGAAAGAUGAUACACCCGUAUAGAAGCCUAUAUGACAACCUAAUCACAUGAAACACCAUGAAGACUCCUGACUUGGUGUCCCAAUUCAACAAAGGCCCACCAGUGUAUACAUAAGGUCGUGGCAGGAAAACCAAGUCCAGUCCGUCGGAAAAGUAGGACUCCCCUGGUACAUAAUCCAUCGCCCUGCAUUAAGCCUGCCGUCACGCCACAUCACCGGUCAUCAAUAGAACAGAAAAAUGACCAUAGCAACGCCAGCAAAUCAUCCUCAGUCUAAAGACGAUCUUCGUUGCCGAACACCCUACAUGAUACUGGAAAGGCAAAAGAUGGAGCAUGACAUUCAGCACCUCCCUCGAUGCAGCCCUGCUUGCUCCAGAGUUCAUUACCGCCGCUGUACAAUGUACUCUCUGCAUCAUAUUGCGGAGGGCACAGCUGAGCAUAGCUUAAAACACCGCCGCAAACAUCUAAUGUACCUUCCACGGCCUAAGCCCCCAACCCCAUCAAGUUUGUAAAAACGCGGGUCUCCUUCUGACUUUUUCUUCGUCAAAUCAGUCUAAGAGCGAUCUUUGUUGCCAUUCACCCAACAUUAAGGUACUUCAGAAAUCAGUAGUGCCGCGGUACCAUGUACACUCUCGAUCAUCCGUGGGUCAGAUGUAUUUUCCCCGGCUUAGGUUGGGUUAGGUUAGAGUGGCAGUCCUUUACAGACUCACUUAGACAACUUUAAGUCCUUUGUGAUACCACAGAAGCGACAGACCAAGGCUUCUGGCGGGAAUCGAACCCAGGACCCCUGCACUGGUAAUCCAAACACGCUACCAACUCGGCUACCGGGGCGCCCAUCUUUUAUAUGGAGUUGUAACAGAGGUAGAUCACAGUCAUUCCCUCCUGGCACUUUCCCCGACGUUCCCUCUCCCGUUCGGUACUUGGCCUACUAUACCCCAUCUAUAACAGUUCUCGUCCAGCUAACUUCCAAGAAAAAAAAAUAACAGCUCAGACUUUCUGAGUUUUAUUCCAAGCGCAUUGGGAAAACUGUCUGGACGGUCGUAACAUCUUUACCAAUGCCCACUGAAGGAGAUUCGAAAUGGUAAACAGAAGGCGGCCACUUACCAUGAUGGCGAUGUCAAGCGCAUAGGCAACGUCAUUCACCCUUUCCUCCGCAAAGCGCCUGGGAAUCCACUUUAUAACCAACAGCCAUAAAAUAUGGUAUAAAACCCCUCCUUGCGGAGCUCCUCUAAUCACAAUCACCCUAAUCAAGCCCUCCGUUAGUGGUGCAUAGAUUAUCCUGUAUUUCACCAUCGUAUCAAACAAUUCAUUAGGAGGGAAGAGAACAUUCUCUUGUUCACCAGAAGCUCCAACCUCUCUAUAUUAAGAGCCACUUCUAUGGUCAAAAAGGCCGCCAAGGUAAACUCACCUCUCAGUAUUCCUUUUAAUGUAGCCCACCACAUCAUAAAGGGUCAACCGAUCGAGACUCAGUGCAAACAGACGGGCAGCUGCAUAGCAGUGAAGAAUCUUAUAUACGUGUCAAGUAGUCUCUUCAGGGUUUUUAAGACGAAAAAUGUAGUCCUUGGAGUGGCUCGGUUUCUCUGAUUUGAAAACCAUCCUAACCUCCAUCCCUAGAAGGUGGGAACAUAGUCUUGUUAAACGCAGCUUCUCGAAAUCACCUCACGGAGUAUUAUGACGGUUCUGCCCUCUGCAACAUAGCAGGCAAUAUGCCAACCAAUCCUGUUGACGUGUAGGGCGAUGUAACGAUCCAGCUUUCACAGACGCUGACCGGGAACCCUUUCACAACAACAUUGUUCAGGAUUAACUGCAGUCAGUGGACGCGCAGCUAAGCUUCUCUUGACAGGAAAGAACACUACACUGAUCGAACGUCAAAGUUCAAGCUUGUAUGGUGCACACAGCUAUCCCGUGCCGGUAUAUAUUUAUCCGGUUUUGAACCACUGACUGCAAUUCAGAGAUAUAUCGUUACCGCUCCGAGCAGUUCAAAGUCUUACUUGUUUCUAUUGGCAAGUUCUAUACAUUUAGAAUUUUCCCCUGUAAGUAACGACUAAUCAUUUGUUACUGUAAGCUAUCGAUAGCUAUUCCGUGACUUACUAUAGGUACCUAAACUAAAAACAUCUUCAUUUGGUUUGCUGUUAUGCUCAAUGUCAUAUUUCAUAGCAUACCUUUAGGCUUUAACAGUUUUGUAAGAAAUCUUUGCCUUCUGCUUGAAUUUAAAUUUAGCAGACAUUAGCCCUUUGUAUUUCUCAAUAAUUUUUUUUCAAUUUCAUCACACUCCGGGUCACAUUAACAUUAAAACAACACAAAUAGAGUAUUUUUAAAAGCAAAAUUAAAAGAAAACAAAACAAUUUUAUUACCAAAUCAAAAAUUCAAAUUCAAAAAUUAUUUAUAAAAAAACAAAUAAUAUAAAAAAUUAAAGAAUAACAAAACAAAUUAUACAAAAAAAACUUCAUCCCCACCAUCCUUUUUCGAAUAAUAUACAUACAGAAAAGUAUACCCACAAAAAAAAAAAAAAACUAAACAAUCAUACCUUGAAACAAUUAACCAAGACGAUAAAGAACUUCAUUUUAAAUGCCUAAGACAUCUGAAAACAUACACAACAUAGGCUAUUUAUUAAGCUAAAAACGAUGCCCCUUUGAAAUAUGAACAACUAUAAAAGCUCUUAAAAAUAUAUACAGAAACCAAUCAAGUCAGUCAAAAAGAAACUAGUUAUCCUUACAACAAAUUUAAUAAAUCAACAAAAAAGGGAAAAUCCAUACAAAACCCUCUACAUGUUACUAACAAUAGUUGGCAAAAAAAAAAAUAGUAUAAAGGAACUUUAUAGAAUUUCUGUGUACGUUACACAAUAUGAAAAAGAAAGAAACAAAAAAUAAUCAAUCAUUGCAAUAAUAACAAGAAAAAGGGAAACAAAACCACAUACAUAUACAUAAUUUGAAUGAAAUACCAAAGUUGAACAGUUUUAAAAUAAAAAAAAAAAACAGUAUACCCACACAUACACACACACUAUAGAUCAUACACAAGAGAAUAUUAUCCUAAUUUCACUAUUUCGCUUCCUUUCUGUCUAACUUCCUUAGCUUUGUUUUAUUCACCUUAAAAUAAGUUAACAUUUACAAAAGUGAAUUUAAUUUUUACUAAACCCCCCUUUCACCCUGAGUACUAUGAGUAUACCAGACAUGUAUACCACUAUCACCAUUAUCACAACCCACAUAUAUUUGAAGUUUUUGUAUUAUAUACCAUUAAUUAGUGUUAAGUUGAAUAUUUUAUUAUAAUGAUAUCAAUACGGUUUUAUAUACAUGCAUAUAUAUAUACGAACAACAAGUCCAUAUGAAUUAUUUAUUAUUUAAAGUUUUACUAAAAAUAAAAUUUUGAUAAUUUUGUUAUUUAAACGAAUUUUUCUUUUUUUCUAGCAUUUCCAAAUGUGAAAUGUUAUUUUUUUAUGUUUUGUUAUUUACUUAAUUUAUGAUUUAAUCGAAAUAAUCAAGUGUAUGUAUAUUUAAAAGAAAAACACACACAAACACAAACACACAUCUUAUUUUUUAUUAGCCAUAAGUUAAGGUUUUGUUGAAAAUCAACAACCGCAACAAGAAGAAGAAUAACAAGUAAACGCUCAUAAUAAAUAAAUUAUUAACUUCAA